UUCCUAAUAAAAAUUUUAUAUUAUUUAUUUUGAAAAAAAAAAAUCUUUGGAUCCGCAGACUUAUUAAUUGCUGGUUUUCUACAAGAAGUAAAUCGUAAAGCAAAAGGGCAAAACAUAAAAAAUAAAAAAUAGUUUAAUGGAACAGCGAUUCGUCAAAGUUGGUCAUAGCUCAAACACAGCUCACGCCGCAGAUUUGCCUCCACGCAAACAAAUAAAAUCCCUUCGCCGCCUCCGCCUCCGCCUCAACGAAGCUUGACCAACCCACGCCACCAAUGGCGGAAUUCUCCUUCUUCUCCAUCUCCUCAUUCCCCCUUCCACUGCCCUGCUCUCCUACGCCUCCGCCGGCAAUUCCUUGUGACGGCGACCUCCUCCGUUCGCUCCUCCGUCUUGCUCGCGAGAUCUCCCUCUUCGAAGCACCCUGUCCACUCCUCCGACGUCUCUUCACCUCCCUUACUCGUAAGUCCAAGAUCCUCUGCAUCUUGUUCGAGGAGCUUCUCCACGACCAAACCGGGAACGCCGGUGAACUCCCCCGCUCGGCCUCCCUUUGCCUCCGCGAGAUCCUCGUCGUACUGCAGCGCUUCAAGGGCCUCCUAGGUGAUUGCUCUGCUCGCAGCCGGAUGCGCCUCAUUCUCCAAAUCGACUCCCUCGGCAACGACUUCCACGAGCUCACCCUCGAUCUCUCCACUCUCCUCGACAUCCUCCCUCUUCCUGAACUCCGCCUCUCCGACGACGUCCGUGACCUCGUUGAUCUACUUCGUCGGCAGUGCCGCCGAUCCAACCCAGCUGUCGAUCCCACCGACGAUGCUCUACGAUGCGAAAUAUUGUCCAUGAUCCGCGAGAUCGAACAAGAGGUCGUCCCCGAUCUGUCCCGCCUCACCGCGAUCUUUGAAAAAGUCGGCAUCGAUGGCACCCGGAGCUGCAGGAAUGAGAUUGAGUGCCUCGAGCGAGAGAUUGGGGAUCGCGUAUCAGAGAAAUGGACGGCUGCCAUGAUUGCCCUCGUCGGAGUGGUGCGUUACGCCAAGUGCGUGCUCUACGGCGCUUCCACGCCGACAUCUGAUUCCUCCACCGGCAAAUUCUCCUUCGCGGAAUUGGAUCCCCUUGUGCCGCCGGACUUUCGAUGCCCUAUUUCUCUCGAGCUGAUGCGGGAUCCGGUCAUCGUGGCAAGCGGGCAGACGUACGAUCGAGAUUCCAUCACCCGGUGGAUCGGUGCUGGGCACGCCACUUGUCCCAAGUCCGGCCAGUUGCUUUCCCACACCAAUCUCGUCCCUAAUCGAGCUCUCAAGAACCUAAUCUCCGCUUGGUGCCGCGAGCAGAACGUCCCUUUCGACGGUUUCGAUUCCAAUAAAGGCGAGCCGACUUCCGCCACUUGCGCAAACAAGGCAGCCCUAGAAGCGGCGAGGAUGACUGCAACAUUCUUAGUCAAUAAGCUUGAUUCAUCGCCAUCUACGGAGAUGGCUAACCGCGUUGUCCACGAACUACGGCUGCUGGCAAAGACAGGAUCUGAUAAUCGGGCCUUCGUCGCCGAGGCAGGAGCUAUUCCUCUGCUCCUCCCCUUCCUUUCAUCCGAAGAUCCAAGAUUGCAGCUCAAUGCCGUCACCGCGCUCCUCAACCUCUCCAUUCUAGAGUCAAACAAGAAGCGGAUCAUGCACGCUGAAGGCGGGCUCGACGCCCUGAUCCACGUCUUAGCCGGCGGCGCCACGUGGUGGGCAAAGGAGAACGCCGCGGCCACCCUCCUGAGCCUAUCGUCAAUCCACGCGUACCGACGUCGGCUCGGGCGGAACCAGCGAGUGGUAACAGAGCUUGUCGCGCUAGCACGCAAGGGUCCAGCAAGCACGAAGAAAGAUGCACUCGCGGCGAUCUUAAGCCUUGCUGGUGACCGUGAAAACAUUGCGCAUUUGGUGGAGGGCGGCGUGGUAGAAUCAGCUUUGGAGGCGUUGUCCUCAAUGGAAGUAGCGGAAGAGGCGGUGGCGGUUCUCGCUGCUUUGGCUAAGCGCGGCGGCGCAUCCGCCGUGAUCGAUGCCGAGGGUUCAAUUCCUAAGCUUGUGGGUGUUAUGCGGCGCGGAUCGGAUUGGUCCAAAGAAAAUGCUGCAGCGGCGCUGGUUUUGCUUUGCCGGAGGGAAGGUUCUGCCGCGGUGUCGGAGCUUGCUAGGAUGCCGGGGAUUGAAUGGGUGAUAUGGGAGUUGACAGGCUCCGGUACAGUGAGGGGACGGCGCAAGGCGGCCUCGCUUGGGCGGAUUUAUCGUAGAUGGUUGGCCGCGGUAGAGGAGGCUGAUCGCAUGGUUAGAUUCUCGCCAGCAAGCAUCUCGACGUCCACCACCACCGCCCAAUCAUGACGGCUCCGUCUUCCUCUUGCCGUUGCGCAACAUCUGAAAAUGUGAUUCGCUGCUCAAUUGUGAAUACUCGAGCUCUAUUUUUCACGGGUUUUUUUUCUCCCUCUCUAUUUUUGAAUAUUUAACCCAUUCUUCUGAUAACUUAAACCACAUUUGAUUGAAAUUGUAUCAAUUUCUGUACCAAUUGGUUGGUGAUGAAAAGAAAAGAUUAAAGUUUAUUUCAUGUUUUUUA